GUUCAUGUUAUUUUCAGAAAUAAAGAUGGGUCUGAAAUAAGGGUUGCUGGCAAGGUUAAUGACAAUUUGAUGUACCUUGCUCAUCGGCACGGAAUUGAUAUCGAGGGUGCAUGCGAAGCAUCAUUGGCUUGUUCCACCUGUCAUGUCUACGUAGACGAAAAGAUGCUUGAUAAACUCCCUGAGCCGAGCGAUGAAGAAAAUGACAUGUUGGACCUGGCUCCUUUCCUCAAAUCCAAUUCUCGUCUCUCAUGUCAGAUAAUCUUGACUAAAGAGUUGGAUGGAAUCGUGAUCGAACUGCCACCAGCAACUCGGAAUUUCUACUUUAUGUUUCAAGAAGACGGCGAUAAACUUGGAGCAAGUCGAGUUUGGGAAUGUAUUCUUUCCACAGAAAUCGAUCAUAUUAAAUCAAAUGGCGAUCAUUUUGGUCUACUUGAACCCGACGGCACACCAAAUGAAUACUACUCGCGUCUGAAGAAGUAUGCAGACGGAAACCAUGCAAGUAAAGCGUUGAAUAACCUUCCCAACUUUAUCUCCGAUUUGGAAAGCGGCCUUGUUGAAUGCAAGGAUUCUGAAAAGGCUCGAAAACAUCGUGAAAAAGGAAACAGCUACUUUAAACUGGAAGACUAUGAGGCAGCGGCUCAGUGUUACCGAAGAGGAGUUUUAAUUGCGGAAAAGGAGUCAAAAGAAAUGGCACUUCUUCACGGUAACCUAUCGGCGUGCCUUCUGCGCCAGUCAAAGUGGGCUGCAUGCAUCUGGCAUGCAUGUCUUGCCUUAAGAAUUCGCAAUGUUCUGCAAAGUCCAAUUGAGAAACGUCUUCAGCUUAGACUACAAAACGCUUGCGAGAAAAUGGGACGAGAGGCUUUAUCUGAUCAUAACGAGUGUUAUAAGUGGAUAGCAAGGCUCUGUGACGAUUCAGCGCCUCCACAGGAAUCAGAAGAACGCUACGGCUUUGUCAACCUGCCUGUUCCUAAGUUUGGAAGAAGCAAGAAGGUAAGGGCCUUUUCAAAUGGCUUAGUCGUUCGAGAGUCACGCAACCAAGGUCGAUACGUUGUCUGUGAAAGGCAUUUCAAAGCUGGCGAUGUACUAGCAAGUGAGCCUGCUGGUGGCUGGGAGAAAAGUGACAUUUCAAGCGCAAUGGAGUCAGUUGACGAGAUGGCAGUUGCAUGUUGUAUUCUUUUACCAUUUCAACGACACCUUCGUUGUCUUGCCUGUCACAGUCAGCUAGAAAGCGUGGGUUUUGUUUGCCCAGACUGUGAUGGCGCAGCUUUCUGUGGACCGCCAUCUAGUUGUUUCUCUCGGCACUUCAAAAAUGGUCGAUUCAUCAUUCCACAAUGGCACAGAGAUGAGUGCAGGUAUACUUUCUUACUCAAUUCAAUUGGUUUGGGUCAUCUCUGCUACCGCCUGGGGACACUUAGAGGACGAAAUCUUCUUGGAGUCGAUAGGGAAACUUCUCUGAACAGCCUAGUUGACAACUACGAACACUUUACAUCCCACUUUGAAUAUGGUUUGACCGGAUGGCUCUGUGGUCUCCUUUUGGCGCGUACUGGUCUGCCCAACUGUGGCGAUUGGUGCUUUCGAAUGCUACACCGACUACAGUGCAAUGCUCAUGCAAUCACACAGGUUAAUACUGCGGUCGGUGGUGGCCAUGGACUAGUCAGUGUGGAGCAGGAACGCAUUGGGGGAGGUCUUUUUCCUACCGCGUCGUUCAUCAAUCAUGCCUGCGAACCCAACAUCGCGUAUCAAUUCAUGAACGGAUUUAUCGUUAUUCGAUGCAUUAAAGAUCUCUCUCCAGAAGAUGAGGUCUUGGCGUGUUACGGUCCGCACUUCCGACAUGAUCCCAUCGUAGGCACUCGCAAAAGGGCUCUCCUAGAGCAAUAUUUUUUUGAAUGCUCUUGUGUGCACUGUAACGGAACACAGGAAGUUACUGCCCUCUCUCCUGAAGAAAAUGAUCAGUGGUGCAAGCUGAUUGAGCAGAUUCGUUCUUCAAAAACACGUCUGUCUGCCCUUCCAUCGCUGUUCAAAAGACUGAAACGCUUGUCGGAUCCUACCAUCACAGUGACACCUGAACCCUCUUAUGGGGAAAUUGCAGAUGAGACAGCUUUUGGGCUUUUCGAGGGACGCAUGACAAAUUUACCAUUGGAAGCAAGAAAAAUGGCACUCUACUUGACUACCGAAUCGUGCGAGUUUACACGCAAUCGAUUUGGUUCAGAUAGUAUUGAGUACGCUUGGGAAUUACUUAAGCUGGUGACCGUCGCCAAGGUGGCCGGUGAGUGCCCUAACACUGAAAUUAAGGACACUCUUCAGAGAAUCAUGGAAAUUCAUUAUGGAGAACGGGAGACGACCAAGAUUUUAAGCAUAUUUUGGUGA